GGAUCCUUCGACGUGCUCUGUGACGCUGUGACGUAACCAACGGUCCUAAUGGGGCGGGGCUCGUAAACAGUGAAAUCUAAAUAAAGGAUCGUGCAGAAAUUUACUCCAAAGUAGCUCACUUUUUCUCCACUAGUAAGAGGUUAAUCUCGUGUAAUGCCGAUACGCCGAGUAGCAGCGACUCCGACCCCGGAGAAGGCCCCCUCCGCUGCAGCAGAGAAAGAGGCUGAGGCGUCCUCAGAAGAGUCACCCGCCGCCGAAGAGGAGCCGGCUGCACAUUCAGCCGCGCCGGAAGAGGAGGCCACGGCUGAGACGGAGCCCACAGAGAAUGGGGAGAAAGCCGAAGAACCCGCAGAGGAGAAGGGAGAAGAAGGGACAGAGAAGCAAGAGGACAAAUGCAAGGACUGCGCGGCUGGACAGUGUUCAACACACUGCUAUGUUCUCCUACCAAGGUUGAAGGAUGGCUACAAGUACGUGAAAGCCAAAGCCAAGAAGGUGAAACGGACGAUUCCUGCAUGGGCUAGCGUCGCUGGCAGCAAAAAGCGGCCCGUUUCCAACUUUGCAGGCACUCAAUACAAAGUGGAUAAUAUUCUCAUCGAAGCUAUUACGUCUUGUAAUGACAAGUCUGGAGUUUCAUACCAGUCCUUCAUGAAAUAUAUUCUGAACAAAUACCCGGAGAUGGAGCUCAACAAGAAGAAGUUUCUCCUCAAGAAAGCAAUGAAGAAACAUUUGGAGAAGGGAACCAUCAAACAGCUGAAGGGUAAAGGCCUUUCAGGAACCUUCGCCAUUGGGAAGCAGUCCUCCUCCACUAAGAAACCAGCUGUGAGGGCCGAGGCUCUGGGAGAUGCUCUUCCUCUCAUCAUCACUCGGCUCUGUGAGCCCAAAGAGGCCUCCUACUACCUGAUCAAGAAAUACCUGGAGCAGCACUUCCCCAACCUAAACAUCAAAACCAGGCCAGAUCUACUGAAGUCAGCCCUGGUGAGGGCAGUCGAGAAAGGACAUCUGGACCAAAUCACUGGGAAAGGAGCCAAUGGGACUUUCCAGCUGAAACGUACUGGUAACCAGGUCCUGUUGAAGGGCAGCAACUUGGAGGAAGCCAUCACAGCCGCCAUCACAGCCAUGAAUGAACCUAAAACCUGCAGCACCACCAUUCUGCGCAGAUACCUAGUGGACGCAAACAAGGAUAGAAAGGAGUACCAAUUAGUGGCCAGUCUGAGGAGGACCCUGACAAAGUGUAAAGUACUCGGCUGGAUGGAGCAGAUCACCGGUCACGGCUUCACAGGAACCUACCAGCUCUCGUUCCCCUUCUACCCGAGCCCUACCAUCCUGUACCCAGACAAGUUCAACGACCUUUCUAAGAAAAACCCACCACCCAAGCGGAGGCGGACGGUUGAAACUUCUGACGAGGAAGAGGAGGAGGAAGAAGAGGAGGAGGAGGAAGAGGAAGAAGAAGAAGAAGAAGAAGAAGAAGAAGAGUCUGAGGAUGAAGCGCCCUCUCGGAGGAGAAAAUCUCAAAAGAGGCCUCCACCCAAGGCUCGCCGUCCCCCACCGGCCAAGAAGUCCCGGAGCUCUAGUCAGUCGAAAGCUAAAGGCAGGGGACGCUCCCUUGCAAAGAAGUCUCCCGCCAAGAAGUCUCCCGCCAAGAAAGCGGUGUCUUCGGCCAAGCGAGGGGGAAGGAAACCAUCGGCCUCUAAGAAGGAAUCCACGCCGCCUCCUAAAGCCACGCCGCCUCCUAAAGCCACACCCGUCAAGAGAGGAGCUCCUGCGAGAAAGCCCAAAACGCCAGCUGUUAAGAAGCUGAACAAAAGGGGGGCCAAGCGACCGGUGUCCAGAGAGUCGUCCCCCGAGGAGGCCGUAGUCACAAAGGAGACGACGAGGAGCGGGUCCAAGCGGUCGAAGCCCGAGGAGUCGUCGCCUGCGGUUAAAAAGGUGGCGACCAAAGGUGGGUCCAAGCGGGCCGUGCCCGAAGAGACAUCCCCAGCAAAAGCAGUCAAAAAGGGGGCAGCGAAGAGCACCAAGCGGUCCACCCGCAAGUCCAAGAGAGGGAAAUACUGAGCCCAGGAGAGCCUUUCAUGAACUGGGCCGCUCUGAAUCUGCAGCAGUUUGCCGCGUUGUUUCAAUGCUCUCUUUUAUCAGUUCCUCCCUUUUUAACAGGGCAGUAGUUUUGAUUUUAUUUUUUUAUUUCUAUUGUAGAUUAACAAUGUUAUCCUUCCAAGUUUUACUGUACUCUGAGAGUUUUUGGAUUUCCUUUUUAAUCACCAUGUGUAGAAAAGCUCAGUUAGUGUUGCCGUUAAAACAGAUGUGUGACCAGCUGCCAGAUCGGGAAAGAUGGAUAGAACCAGGUAGUGACUUCCGUUUUUAUAUCUGUCCCACACCCACUCUUUAGUCGUUGGUGGCACACGUUCCGAAUAUCAAAUGAAGUGAGAGAUCAGUGUUUGAGGGUUCAUUUUAAUUAGAAAUAUGGGUUGAAAAGUUUAAACCGUUCCUAAUAUUUUAUAAAAUACAGAAUUUACUGUUGUUGCCCUGUAUCGUGGGAUAAAACAAUGUUAUUGACCGUGCGGUACUGCAUAAGAAUUUGAAUUUGUAUCCAUCCUUCUAAUUAUAUUGUUAAUUAUUAUUAUUUACAAUGAUUGAUAUUUGUUUAUUUAAAACAAAAAAUGCCCUGAGAAGAUUUGACAGGUUGAGGACUUAACAGAGGAGAAAACACUUGUUUGUGUUCAUUUCAACACACAUUGGGGGAGAAUGUCUUUUUGAUACAUGUCUGUAACAAAAAAUAUACAUGAAUUGGUUUUAUUGCUCCACAGCUGUAACGCAGUACCAAACUGUACGAGAUGUUAAGAAGAAAGGGGAUAAUAGCUCAUACGUACCCUGCAUGCAUGUAUUCCUUGUGUUGUUAAGCUUUUUUCCGAAGUCAUUAAUAAAAUGGCUAUAUUUGUAAACUC